AUGUCUGACUUGGAGACCAUCGAGCUAGCCGCUCUGGGCCGACCCUUCCAGCUGGGGAUGCUGUAUGACUGUCGUAGAGAUGUCCUCAUCCCAGGUAUCACUCUCUGGGAUUCUGAGGUGUUGCAGAAACACAUCAAUGUCCGUCCAAAACCGAACACUGACUUCAAAAUCAUUGCUUCAGACUCAACUGAAGACAAGUCAGAAGCUUUGAAUGUGUCUGCAUCUCUUGAGGCCAGUUUUCUUGGUGGCUUAGUCAGUGUGAAGGGUUCUGCUGAAUUCCUACAUGACAAAAAGACCUCAAAGCGUCAGUCUAGGGUUUCUCUGCAGUACCGUACCACCACUCGCUUCGAGCAGUUGACCAUGGACCACCUGGGGGCAGGAAAUGUGAAACAUUGUAAUGUCUUCCAAGAGGGCUCUGCAACCCAUGUGGUGACUGGCCUGCUCUACGGAGCACAGGCCUUCUUCGUUUUUGACCAAGAGGUUUCCUCAGGAGAAAAUCACCAGGACAUCAAGGGAAACCUGCUGUGCACAAUAAAAAAGAUCCCUCUCACAUCAAUACAAGGGGAGGGAGAUUUGAAGAUGAGUGAGGAAGAGAAGAAAAAGGCCAAUAAAUUCAACUGCACUUUCCAUGGUGAUUUUGCACUAGAAAACAACCCUGUCACAUUUGAAGAUGCCAUCAAGGUGUAUGCUGGCCUGCCAAGUCGCCUAGGGGAUAAUGGAGAACAUGCUGUGCCCAUGACCGUCUGGCUCUAUCCUCUCAAGAACCUGGACUCUGCAGCUGCCCAGCUAGUCAGGCAGAUCAGUGUUAACCUGGUGCGUCGCGCACAGCGAAUCUUGGACGGACUGGACAAUACUGAUGUACAAUGCCAGGACAUGAUGAAGGAAGACAUGGCUAUUAAGUUCCCUGAAAUCAGAGCCAAGCUCAACACAUUCAGGGACUUGUGCUCAGAGUAUAAGAUGGUGUUCCAGAAAGUUCUCUGCAAGGUUCUUCCCAACAUAAGAGGAGGAGGAAUGGAGGAGGAAGAGCUGAUUAAAAUGCUCAACAGCAAAGAACGUUCUCCAUUCCAGAAUGACCUCAUGAUCACGUACCUGGACGACAGAGAGAGAGAGAUGAAUGUUGUCAGCUCUUACCUUGACAUAAUGAAAGAGGUACAAGUUGUGUACUCAAGCAGUGAAUUGGAUGGAAUAGUGCUUGAUCAAGCUAAUGAUUAUGUAGUGUGUUUUGCAUUUUCCUAUUUGAAGGAGAAAGAAGAGUAUCUGGUAGUCCUGGAGAACUACUUGCUGGAAGAAUCUAAGAGUGAUUUUUCACUGAUACCUUACAACCCCAACGCAGCCGGGAAGACUACGGCAGAAAAGUGGUUUCGCUCGGGGGAGGUAACGACCCUAACCAGGCAAACCAUAAAUCUGUUCCUAGACUUCAAAGAGUCAAACAAAGGCAGAGAAAAUCUUGCAUUCUGCAUUGCAUCAAUUCCAAACAAACACCUCACUGCGUCCUCCAUCCAUGUCUAUGAAAGAGGGACACUUUUGAGUCCACAGUUUGAGCUGCCAUCAAAGCCAGGUGUUCCCACCAUCAAAAAUCUGGAGCAUGACUGUGUCCACUUGCAAGUCAACCCUCCCAACCUUGGUGUUACCUCUGUGGAGUCGUACCAGGUUUUGUACCAGGCUGAGCAGGCUGACUCUGAGUGGACCGAGGUCAAAUCGGAUGCUACAACUAACCAGGUCACCAUCAGUCGUUUGGACCCUUACAAAAAGUACCGCUUUAGCUGCAAGGCAGUGUGUAGACCUGGUGUGAGCCUCUCCAGUGACUGGACAGAAUACUUCAGGACCCGCCCAUGUAGCCCCCCUGGACCACCCACAGAGAAGAGGAUAGAAUCGGGAAGUAUCAGAGUGACCUGGGACAUUCCUACCAUGGUGGGAGAUGAUGUUGACGUCAUUGGUUAUGUGGUUGAAUACAGAAAGAGUGUAAAUGCUAUAAACAACCAGAUGUGGCACGCCAUCAAAACCACCACUAGAGAGAGUACACUGGAAGGACUAGAGGCUGACACUGCAUACAGCAUCAGAGUCUCUGCUAACUGUGGCAAAGCAGGGAAUAGUGAACCCAGUCCUGAGACUGUGCUGACUACCCUUAGGGUCUCUGAUCCCCAACCGAAGACAAGCAAAUCAACCGGAGCAAAAAGUGAGGAAUUCCUCACAAAAUCCCAGAAGGUGGAAAAGGGCAACCCCUCAAUCCAUUGGCUGAAUCUGGAACAGAAGUUGGGUGGAAAUGAACGUUUUGAUCAGUACAGAUUUGGGAGGAAAGUUGAGCAACGGAAUAACAAGGUGAUAUUGCUUCUGGGGGCCACAGGUUCAGGAAAAACAACUCUGGUCAAUACCAUGAUAAACUACAUUCUUGGGGUAAAGUGGGAAGACUGUUACCGCUUUAAGCUCAUCCAUGAGGUGACCAACAAGUCACAGGCUGAGAGCCAGACUGUGGUUGUGACAUCAUACGAGCUCUACAACCAGCCAGGCUUUCAGAUUCCUUAUUCUCUGACUAUCAUUGACACACCAGGGUUCGGAGACACCAGAGGAAUGGCUCAAGAUAAAUUGCUCACCCGGAUGGUGAAGGAUUUCUUGUGUCAUCCUUUAGGGAUUAAUCACAUUGAUGCAGUCUGCUUUGUAGUGCAGGCACCACUUGUUCGUCUCAGUCCUUCCCAGAGAUACAUCUUUGAUUCCAUCCUGUCCAUCUUUGGAAAGGAUGUUGCUGAAAACAUCCUGAUGCUUGUGACAUUUGUUGAUGGGAAGAACAUACCGGUGCUAGAGGCCAUCAAAGCUGCAAAUCUGCCCUGUAAGAAAGACAAGAAGGGGCUACCAACCCAUUUCAAAUUCAACAGUUCAUUUCUGUUCUCAAAGGAGACGGAGAGCAGCUCUGAAGAGGAUGAUACUGAUGAUGAUCAUAAGGCCCAGUGUCCAGAGCAAUGGAGGUCAACUUUCAAGGAGAUGAAGAAAUUUUUCCAAGCACUGGAAAGCAUUGAGAGUAAAGAUCUAACCCUGACAAAGAAAGUUCUGGAAGAACGUGAGCUUCUGGAGAAGACCAUGACACGCCUGACCCCUCAGAUCACAGCAGGUCUGUCAAAGCUAAGUGAGAUCAAAAGCUUCAAACAGUGUCUGGAGAACGAGGACGAGAACAUGAAACAAAACAAAAAUUUUGAGACCGAGGUAAAUGUGCUGCAGGUGAAGAGAAGCAAAUUAGCCCAGGACUUUGCGACAAACUGCAAGAUAUGCAAUUUCACAUGUCACACCUGCUGCUUCCUCCCAAUUGAGGAUGACACCAACAGUUGUGCCGUGAUGGAUGAUGAUGGCAACUGCACCAUAUGUCCAGAAAAAUGCUCUUCCACGGACCACGACAGGGAACAAGUCUUGUUGACAUAUGAAACAAAGACUGAGAAAAAGACUAUUCAAGAACUGAAGGACAACUUCAUGAAGGCGUGGGGCAAAUCUAUGGAAACCAAGGAGAUGCUGGAUAAGCUUGAGGAUGAGUUUCACAUGAUCCAGGACGCGCUGAUGAAUUUGAUCACGCAGUCUUCUGACUGUCUCAAGAGACUUAAUGAUGUUGCCCUGAAACCAAGCUCUCUCUCCACUAUGGAGUACAUUGACAUACUCAUUCGCACAGAGGAGGACGAACGCAAGCCAGGCUUCGAGGAUCGGAUCGUUGGGUUGAAGAAAAUAAAGGAAGAGUCUGAGAUUCUGGACAAGAUUGCAAAAGGAGAAGAUUUACUCCCAAAUGAGCGAUCAUUCUUAAAGGAUAAAGAGGAUAGAGUGCAGGAGGUUCCAACAUAAGUCAGGGAUGUUGUCCUGCUAACAUUAUCUGGAAACAGAAUUGGGUCUCCAUUUGAACAUUAAGCUUCCCAAUGUUGUAGGAACAUUUGCAUUUGCUGGGAAGAUCCAACUGAGAUGUGAGGUUCAUUGUAUUUGUAUUAAAACUCUUAGCCUUGUGUAAAGCCUUAUGUUAAUUUGUCCACCUCAGGGUAACUGAACAAAAAUUAGGGCCUAGAUUAAAUCAGAACUCUAUAGAAAAUCAUUGUUUUUGUUCAGGCAAUGUGAGAGGUGUAACUGCAUCAAAUCCCUGAGUGGCUGUUCUUGCGGUCAUUGUCACAAAGCCACACCCAUCCUACCCAUGUUAGAAGUUCAGAAGGAGAAAGUGUAGACUAUAUAGAAAUAAUGACACAUUGAAAAUGACUAAAUGAAAGAAUAAGGAUUGAUCUCAUCCUAAUGGAGGUGUACUGUGUAUUACAACACACAUUCCUAUGUUCAAACUUGUCAAACGGAUGCAUGAGAUUUCUAAUAAUGUGACUCAGUGCAUCGAAUGGUAAUGUCCGCGAUAGGUAUAACGCCGGGAAACACAGUAACACCUCUGACAUCGCCUAAGGGUCUUUCUAUAAGAUAGAGUACCAGUGAGGAUUUCCUGCGGUGGACAACUUACAGAUACAGCUGUUGAUAACUAG